AUGGCGGCGCCGCAUAGCCGCAGUCAGGAUCAACAGUCCUCCACCUCUCCAAACUUGUGGGAGUUUGUCUCCAACGCCGGUGACCCGGGUGCUUUCCUGGGCCACGGUGUAGACCACCAGAGAUCGCCCCCAUUCCCCAACUUCACCGGGGGAUUCCCCUUUGCCGGUGGCUCCUUUUCCCAUCGUGGACCACCUCAUCCGCCCCAUCACCACCCCCGUCAGCAUCACCACCCCCAUCACCACCCCCGUCAGCAUCACCACCCCCAUCACCAUCACCACCCCCGUCACCAUCAUCACCAUCAUCACCAUCCCCAUCACCACCCAGACGGCAGGGGCCCGCCUCACCCUCGCCCUGAUCCCCCCCUCAAUCCCUGGACCCCGGACCCCGACUGCAGCGAAUGGUCCAUCUGCGGACGACACCACGACCAACAAGCGCACCAGCACGGCGGACCGGAAACGCGUCGCGGACCCCCCCACUGCCCAGACAGCUCCGACGACGAAGCCAGCCCGUCAGGCGACAAGACGGCCGACGAAAACGCAACAGAAGCGUCUCCCGACACCGCGGCCGCCGACCCAGCCACCCCCGAGGACGGGCAAUAUCCUCCUCCUCCUCCGCCCCCCCCGCCGUACGGUCGCGAGUGCGGUCGCCGCGGCAAUGGUCGCUUCGGGGGCCGACGCGGACGCCACGCCGGCAUGCGUCACCGAGGACCUCACUGCCCGCGCGGCAGCCAAGCGUUCGACUUUGCCGGCAUGAUGCAUGGGCUCGUGGACCACCCCUUCUUCCAAGCCCUGCGUGACCAGGCCGAGCGCCACCGGGGCGCCACCCCGGCCGAGGACGUCGACUUGUUCGCCCCCCCCGUGGACGUCUUCGACCUGGAACAGGCUUUCGUGCUGCACGUCGCCCUCCCUGGCGCCAGGAAGGAAGACGUAGGCGUCAGCUGGAAUCCCCACACCGGCGCGCUGACCGUCUCCGGAGCGGUCCACCGCCUCGGAGACGAGCACGCCAUCCAGAGAAUGGUGUCUGCCGAGAGGAGGGUAGGCCUGUUCCGGCGCAGCGUCAGGCUGCCUCCCCCGGGACCAGCGGCCGACAAGGAAGACGUCGAUGGCUUCUCCAUCACCGCCAAGCUGGAGGACGGCCUGCUUGUGGUGACGGUCCCCAAGAUGGAGAAGGAGUGGACCGAGGUCCGCAAGGUCGACGUCGAGUAA